AUGAAGGCGGCUUUGUUGAAUGUCCUCACGGCGCUUACCCUCGUUGGGUAUAGCAACGCGACACCUGCAACGGGUCUCGACAAGAGGUAUGUGCUUGAAGACAACGGAAUCAAGUACAAGGUCUUUGAGCAUGCAGCCACCAAGUCCCAGACCAAGAUUGUCUCCAACUCUGGAAUCUGUGAGACUACACCUGGUGUCAACCAGCACUCGGGUUAUUUCUCCGUCGGCGACAACAUGAACAUGUGGUUCUGGUUUUUCGAGUCUCGCAAGAACGCCAAAACAGCGCCGCUGGCCCUUUGGCUCAACGGUGGGCCUGGUUGCAGUUCCAUGAUAGGUCUGUUUCAGGAAAAUGGUCCUUGUACCUUCAACAAGGGAGGAUCUAAGCCAACCCUAAACCCUUACUCAUGGAACACAUUUGCGAACAUGUUGUAUGUCGAUCAACCCAUUGGUACUGGGUUCAGUUACGGUACUGAUGAUGCGGUAUCAACUCUUGCUGCCGCUCCUCGAGUUUGGAACCUCCUCCAAGCUUUCUAUGCUCAGUUUCCCGAAUAUGAGAACCGUGACUUUGGUCUCUUCACUGAAUCAUAUGGUGGCCACUAUGGUCCUGAAUUUGCAUAUUACUUUGAGCAGCAGAAUGCUGCUAUUGAUGCUGGCACCAUCAAGGGCGAGAAGAUCAACCUCGUGGCUCUUGGCAUCAACAAUGGAUGGAUUGAUCCUGCCAACCAGUACAGGGAUUACAUCGAAUACGCCGCCAAUAACACCUACAAAAAGCUUAUCACCUCAACUCAGUACAGCAAGUACCUAAACACCUAUAAUCAAAAGUGUGUACCUGCUUUCGCCAAGUGCCCAGGCCUCACAGGCAACGACGCUGCUUGUGGCAAUGCGGACGAUGUCUGCAGUCAGGCUAUUGAACGACCAUUGGAGAAUUCAGCAGACUUUGACGUUUAUGAUAUUCGUGCCCCGAGCAACGACCCUUUUCCUCCCUCAACUUACUCCACUUACCUUCAGUCAUCCAGCGUGAUGAAGGCUAUUGGUGCGCAGUCAACAUACGGCGAAUGUCCCGAGGCGGCCUAUGACAAGUUUAUCAACAGUGGCGAUCGUGGACGAUCAUUCUUAUCUACACUGUCCAAAGUCAUUGACUCCAAGAUCCAGGUCUUGAUCUGGGCCGGUGAUGCCGACUGGAUCUGCAACUGGAUGGGCAAUUACCGCGCUCUCAACUCAAUUGCUCCCAAAUCAUUUGUCUCAGCUCCUCUUCAGUCCUUUACUGUUGAUGGAACCAAGUACGGAGAGUUCAAGACAUCUGGAAAUUUGAGCUGGCUGCGAGUUUAUGGUGCUGGUCAUGAGGUCCCGGCUUAUCAGCCUCAAGCUGCAUUGGCUGCUUUUGUUGCCACACUUUCCAAGAAGCCUAUUUCAUCAACAUGA